AUGCUUCUAAAAUUUCAUAUCCUUUGUGUCACUGGCAACUCAAAGUCAAAUGUUUCAAAUUUACCAUUUGCUUUUCUUUUGCCAAAUAGAGAUGCAUUGUGUUUGGGAGAUAGACUCAUAGUGUAUCUUCCACGUUUUACAGAUAUAAAUUCUGAAGUUAGAAAAGUUUAUGCUCAGGGAGCUCGAUCUCGUGCAAACAUCAUAGCUAUACUUGACGAUGAUUUCGUAGAUCUAAAAAUCCUUUCCUACGAGGAAACUUAUACCUUCGAUGACAAUAGUAUCGAAGCUUUGAAUUCGUUUGGAACCUUUCCUGCCGAUACUGUUUUUAAACCUUUUGAUGUCAGGAUUCAACCAUAUUUUAUUUCUUCCAUUUGGGUCAUGCUGGCGGUUUGGAGGAUUCUUUAUUGGAUUGAUCGUCUGAAUUGUUCCAUGGACCUUAACAUUGGUUUAAACGUGUUAGCCUAUGUCUAUGAUCUUUCAACUUUCGGAAACUCUCGUUUCCUGUUGAAAGUUAAGACUGAAAAACCACCCCUUAUCUUGAAGUCCAAAAUCUCCACUGCAAAUCUGCCUCAUUACUAUCAUGAAAAUAUUUCAAUGACAUCGCUCUACAAACUCUAUGGUUGGGAAGUUCGUGGUUACCCUCAGAAAGUAUACGACGUUGUUCUCUUUAACAACAAGGUCGACAUGCUUACAACCAGAUGGAACGAACUCCACCCUUACAUCACUCAAUUUGUUCUUCUCGAAACGAAUUCCACCUUCACAAGCAUCCCCAAACCCCACUAUUUCGUAAUCAAUCGAGAAAAAUUCGAUUUAAUUGAACCUAGAUUAACCUACGGGACAAUCAGUGUACAAUUUAGAAAGGGGGAGAAUUCGUUUAUCGAAAAGGCGUGUCAACAAUUGGUGUUCGAUCAUCUUCUCAGAAUUGUUGGAAUUGAAGAUGGCGAUUUGCUAAUAAUGUCGGGUGUCGAUGAAAUCCUGAGUGCUCAUAUCAUCGAUCUUUUGAGAUGGUGCGACGGACCUCCGUCGGUGAUUCAUCUUAACUUGAACAACUAUGUGACAACCCGAAAAUCUUUAUCUUAUAAGUCCAUCCAAUCAACCAAGAGUCAGACUUAA